AUGUGUUUCCAUCGCUACACCGAGCACCCCUGCGGCCACCCGAGCACAUCGAUUGGCACAUGCUCGAUCGAAAUCCUAGCCACAGCAGUGCCGUUUUGUGAUCAAUACAAUGUUGUAAAGAACAAGUCAUUGGAUCUCUGUGGCGGCGACUACUGCAAAGAGGACAAGGAGACUGCCCAUUGGGUUGAGAACGGAUCAGCUCUACUGACAGCGUGCGAGGACGACCUUGCAUACUUUAAGCACCGCCUCCAGACUCUUCACCGUCUGCUCCAAGCUUUUGAACAGUACAAACAGGCUUUCGGUGCCUUGCAAGAGAACGACACCAACAGAGCCCGUAACAUGCACGACGAGUAUGUGGCAUUGCGCCAGACUUAUUUAGACACCAGAGGCAGACGUCAACUCAUCUCCGAUGGUAUCCANAAGGCCAAGGAACAGCAGCGAGCUGUUGUUGCAGAGAAGAUGCGUAGGGUCCAGCAAUACAUCGAUAGCCAGAGACCAAACUCUGGCCACCCUCCUUCGCCACAAAGCAUUCCGAGAGUCAUCCAGACACAAGCAAGAGGAUUGCUAAAGCGCACUAGUUCAGGUCUCUGGGAAACUGGAGAUACUUCUGCAACUCCUUGUCGACCUACCACCAAACUUGUUUCUCCAGUCAAAACCAAGCCAAAGCCGUCAAAUCUUUCGGCCCCAGCCAUCUACAGCCCUCCCUCUCUGGCGUCUCCAUUUGCGGCUGAAUUUCGCAAGACAGCUGAUGUUCCCAAACCCUCACCACCUAAGAAGAGACGCGGAAGACCUCCAAAGGCCAGUAGAGUGGAAGACGUUGUUUCUCAACCUCAGGUCACCUCUGAUACAUCGUUCCACGACGCUCAAGUCAACAACGAUGACUCGCCCAUGGCUGAUAACCAGCGUUUGGUGCCUAAACUUCGAUCGGCCAAACGCAGCAACAAGAAGGAACCACCUGAACGGAAACCUUCAUCAUCAGGAGUACGCCGAAGCGGACGUGCCAAGCAGCGAAUCAGCUAUGCUGAAUCACCAACUUCGUCUCCUGAACGACCUGUUCCAGAUGAGCUCGAAGCUGAAGCAAACACAGUAGCCAUCAGCCAACCUAAGAAAUCAACGAGACUCACCAGAACUACAAGCGGCAAGAGUAAACCACAGAAGGAGAAUGUGUAUGCUACCGACGAGGAGGAUGCAGCCAUCAGUGUGGAUGACGACGAUGAAUGGCAGGCCGAUGGAAAUAUUGAAGAGGACGACAUGGAUUUUGAGCCUACGCCUGUUCAGAAAGUACGCUCGAACGCGAAGCGCGCCGCAGCAUCUCCUCCCAUGGAUUCGCGUUCUCGUAAACGUCAAGCCAGAACUGUCCCUGACAACAACCAUGGUCCCAGCCACUACCAUGAACCAGCAUCGCCAGACAACAACUUCCAUCAUGUGAUCCCUGAUCAGGGCAACAGAUUGACGUACACCACAGCUCAGUCAACAAACUCAGCAGACGUCUACAACGUGCCAUCGACGCCAUACAACCACAACAUGGCCAAUGUAGACACGUCGAAGCUGCUGUAUCAUACUAACCCAAUGACAGACGGAGUGACUCUCAAUGCCACAAACUACCAGAGUCAGGAUCCUAACGAGCCUGACAUGUCACCACUACGUCGAUCAGACUGGUUGAACGGACUGAACACGGCAGACAUGGCACUAUCACUCGACGACCUUGACGAUCCCAACAACUACGACUUUGACGUCGAUGCCAUGAGCAGAGUCGUUGCCGAUCUCGAAGCUCAGCAAGGCUAG